CUAAAAUGGGAACAAGUACAACCCAAGUUGGUCUAAUAUUCGGCUCUUACGCAUUAACCAUGUUUAUAUUUUCUCCUAUAUUUGGAAAAUUGAUUCCUAUAGUUGGUGCGAAGUUUUUAUUUCUUGCUGGCUCGUUUAUGGGCGGUGGGACAUGUUUUAUAUUCGGAUUUCUUAAUCGCUUAGCACCUGGGACUCAAUUUGUGACAUUCUGUUUCAUAACCCGGAUUUUAGAGGCAAUCGGUGCCGCUGCUAGUAGUACAGGGGCGUACUCCAUUAUUGCCAAGACGUUCCGCCAGAAUAUAACAACAGCAUUUGGUACGAUAGAAAUAUUCUGUGGCCUUGGAUUAAUGAUUGGCCCACCUGUUGGUGGCGCACUAUAUCAGGCAGGAGGAUAUACAUUACCGUUUGUGGUCUGGGGGUUAUUCAGUAUGGGAAUCGUCGUCGUCAACUAUUUCAUUGUUCCAAGCGAAGGAGACGAAUCUCAUCGUUCGGGUUCUCUGAUACAAUUGCUGAAAAUACCGUCGAUUAUAAUGACAUCUAUAUGCGUGUUGUGCGGUUUCAUGGGAAUUGGAUUUCUUGAUCCCACUCUAGCGGACCAUCUCAGUCAGUUUGAUCUUUCAGCGACACAAAUCGGACUGAUGUUUCUAGCAAACUCGGGUGCGUAUGCAGUGUCGGCAUUUUUCUGGGGUUGGCUCACUGAUAAAUACGAUAUUCCUAAAGUGUUGAUGAUCAUUGGUAAUAUAGCCAGCAUCAUUGGUUUCAUCUACAUUGGACCUUCGCCACUACUGAAUAUCAAAAGUGAAUUGUGGCUCGUGGCGUUUAGUUUGGUAAUGCUGGGUUUGUCGUUGGCGGCGUCUGUCUUGCCAACGUUCAACGAGAUGCUUUCGUCAGCAAGAUUGCAUGGAAUGGAGGAAAACAUCAGUACAUACGGUAUCAUUUCAGGACUUUUCUCAUCACUCUUCUCGCUUGGGAAUUUUCUCGGUCCCACAGUGGGUAGUGCAAUGGUUUCUCACAUCGGAUUUGAAUGGACUUCGACGUGUUUUUCUGGGAUGUAUGCAUUUGUGGCGACGACACUCAUAUUAUUCUGUUUGUGGGAAUAUCGAUGUGGAACAAGGAGAAAAAUUAAUCCGGCAGUAUCCAGGCAACUGAACAUCCAGGAUGACGACGAGAAGAAACCGUUAUUAGCGUAAUAAAUGACAAAUUACACUCAUGGAAUCCUUCCCAUCUGUCAGAAUGAGAGAAAGGGAGGCUGAAACACCAACACAGAAUAAUACGCACAAAUAUUACGAAGUGAAUGAAACAAAAAAAUGCAAGAAUUAUUUCUGUGAAUGUUAUCACACAGUUGUCCAUCGUUUCAGCACAGAUAAAGAAUUCUACAAUGCCGAUAAUACUAAUUGCCAUAAAACUACAAUAUACCAAACAGCACAUUAGCAAAGACGUCAAAUUCACGUGUCCCUGUUGUAUCGAAUUUAUUCGCCCGUCAAAAUAAUCACCAUUGUUUGGUUAAUUUGUACAUCUUCUAUGUUUUUUGUAACCGAUGUCGUAAAUCUUAUGCAAUUUGUAAUUAAAUGACAAUUUUAUGU